UACACAAACACAAGUUAUCCAACGACUCUGUCCAAACUCCCAAACACAACCUAAUCAACACACACACACAGUAUUACACAUGUAUAUCCAUUAGACUCCUCAAUAAACACACACCCAAAUUCUACAAUUUCAUUUUAUCACCGAAACAAUUUUAUCUAUGUGCAUCUAUACAUUCUUCAUGUUGUAGAUCAAUUCUGUUGGUGUUUGAAAGCCCAGAUCUAGAGCAACAACACAAAUCAAUACAAAACAUCAUGUUGGGUGUUAAACAAAAUGAAGAAAAAGAAGGCCCUCCUCAUCAGAUUACAGCUGAAGAAGAAGCUCUCAAACGCAACACUGAUUGUGUCUACUUUCUUGCUUCUCCCCUGACUUGUAAAAAGGGAAUAGAGUGUGAGUAUCGUCACAGCGACAUUGCUCGGCUUAAUCCCCAGGAUUGCUAUUUCUGGUUGAAUGGUAAUUGCUUGAAUCCAAAGUGUGCUUUCCGGCAUCCGCCUCUAGAUGGAUUACUUGGAACUCAAGUGACUACUUCUCUAAAUUUACCUCCAUCUCAUACUAUGGUACCAGUUUCAUCUCAGGGCCUCAACGUCCCUGGGAAACAAUCAGUCCCUUGCAUAUUUUUCCAAAAAGGUUACUGUUUAAAAGGUGAUAUGUGCCCAUUUAUGCAUGGCCCUUACUCUCUAAACAACAAAGCUACUCAGUCCGCAGGAGCUACACCUGUUCCUGAAUCUCAACCGAAUAAAAAGACAUUUGGAGGAGGUCUUGGGAAUCACACUCAGGUGCAGAAGCUUUCACAGGGUAAUGCUCCGAAAUCUGCUAAUUUACCAACACAAGAAAAAUCAGCUGAUGUACUGGCAAAGGUUCCAUUAAGAAAUAGAAUUUCAACCGGCAGAAGUGCGUCCAUUGCUACAGGCUUGGAUAAUGAGCUUCCUCAGUACAGGCCAGGAAAUGUUCAUUCCUUUAGCAAUGGCAACUUGGUCAGCAGGUCAAACCGCAACCAUCAGGUUCAUAUAGUAGAGGAUCAGAGUGUUUCAAAUGUUAAAGAUGCUGAUGAAGUCUCGAGGGAGCUUUCUCCUGGUUUUGAUGUUCUUGUAGACGAUGAACUUAGGGAUUCUGAAUAUUAUCCUGAUGAAGAUCAAUUUGGUAGAUCAACAGGUCACAACGGAAUGAAUUUGAAUGCAAGUAACGAAUAUGAAAAUAAACGUUCUGGUGAUUAUGGUCCUGUGGCUGAUGUUGACCGAGAUUUGUAUGACAAGCGUAAUUAUGAUUCUUUUGAGCGCCUUCAAGGGCAUUCUGGGAGGGACGUGCAAAGAUCAUCUGAAAGGGUUUUAGGAGGACCUGCUUAUACACAUAGGAGGCGGUAUCCUAGAGCUGACAGCCCAGGUCAGAUUAAUGGGUCAGACUUGAGGCAUCAUUUAGCAAAGCAGAAGAGGAAUACUGGUUUGAGAUCAAUCAUUAGUCGAGAUCGUACUCUUCUAAACUCUGCCGAUGAUCGUAGUUUUCAAGCUCCUAGAAGGGACCUAUUACCUACUCAUGAUACUAUGGUUAGCAGUCGACUUCAAGGAAGAAUAAAACUUCCAGGAAGAUCAGCGUCUCCUAUUCCUCCUCUUUCAGAGAACGAAAUCGACAGGGCUCGGAAUCGCAGUAGAUUGUCUGCAGAAAGGCCUCUGGGAAGGCUUAGAGACAGAAUUAAGGGAAGAGUUCAAGAAGAUUUUAUUAAUGACCGAAACUUCAGGGGAUCUCGCAUAAGAAGAGACAUCGUAGAUGACAAUAAUGCUGCAUUUAGUGGUCCUAAAAGCUUAUCAGAGCUGAAGGUUGCCAAGACUUCUGAGAUAUAUGAAAAGCACCCGAGCGAACGAAUGUCACAUGGGAAAAGGAAAUAUCAAAAGCUGGAGGAAGGCCAACUCGGUGAAGGAGAUGUCUCAUUUGAAGGGCCAAUGCCUUUAAGUGAAAUAUUGAAGCGAAAAAGAGGAGGUAAUGUUGUUUCCCAGGAGAGUGGCUCUACAACUGCUGAGGAACAUAAUCAAAUGGAAAUAAAGCAGCACUUGAUGAUACCGACUGAGGCGAAAGAAUCGAAUGAUGUCCUUUUCUCUGCAGCCAAGAAUGAGGGAUCAAUACCUGCAGCUGGUAAAGUUGUCGUAACAGAAGGAAAUAACAAAUUACAUGAGGGUCAACCUUCUCUACAACGUAGUACUAGUGAGCUCCAGAUUGAAGAUGGUAUGAUUGGUGAUGAAGCCUUUGAUCAGAAGGGAGAUGACUUUGACUAUGAUGAGCAGGCUGAUGGGAAAGACUAUAACUUAGACGAUGUUGAAAAUGGCGAUCCUGAAGAUGACUACUUUGACGAAGAUGAUGAUGCAGAUGACUUUGCAAAGAAAAUGGGUGUCGUGUUUUCAUAAAGCAGCGACAGUUCUCUUACUCAGUCACUUGAAGCAGAACCUGCGGAUUUUGUUUGGAUGGCUUGGUGCUGGCUAAUUAGCAAGGGUUCUGUGUAGUCAGGUUGAUUUAAUAUUUUAAUCUUUUUAUUGUACUUUAAGAAUUAUUUACCUUUGUAUUUAACUUUUGAAUGUGUCGGAAAUAUUCCUGAUUGUGGCUCUAGCCAUUUGUUUAGACUAAUAUACCUGAAAAGCCUGUAGCUGUUAGGUUUAGAAAUUUUUAAUAAGAAACAAUUCUCUAUCAGCA